GUGGUUUUUCAGCCGUCGUCCAUCCCACAGAUCCCCGCCAGCCGUCGCGGGGCCCACGUACGCUGUGGAGUUCUGCUUGCUGCAAGAAUACCUGAACAAGUUACUAGAUUACCAUACCACGCGAUUUUCUAAAUUUACUGAUUUUCUAUUAGUUCACAUCCGCUGAUGAAAAAGCAGUUUAUGGAACUUCAGAAAUGUGGAUUUUAGGAUGGUUUAAAUAAUAAUUUUUCAGAUGCUUAGAAAUAAUUUCGGUUUUAGGUUUUAUAUGGAAACAAGUGACCCUUUUCACAGAGAAUGGAAGGUUCUUUUAUAUUGCAACAAUCGCGUCUAAUACAAAUGUUUCACGGAACUUGAAAGAUUAUAUUUUCUGAUUCAUUCCUAAAGACGAGUGAACGAAGAAAGGCAUUUAUCGUAAUUUAUGGGGGUUUAUAAACAUUUCCGUUAUGGAUUAUUUUCUAAUAAGUGCUGAAGGAAAAUUCCGAGAAGUUCUAAAGUCUUUUCUAGUUUUUAUUCAGUCGGUACGACCAAAGAAGAAACAUUAACGAAAGAUUAGAAGUUCUUAUGUUUGUUUAUUCUUACAACCGAAUUCAAAGAAGUAACUGACAAACCUUAGAGAACGAUUCUAUUUUUCUAUUGUUUGAUAACCAUACGUGCUUUCAUAACGCUGUCAUAACAAUUCAAUGUAUCAACAAUGCUCGGUUUGCUGAUGGGACGGUUGAGAUGCCUGGUGCGUGGUCUUGUGUUCUGCGGCUUCUGGUACGGUAGCAUCUGUUCAGGCUUCCUGUUCCUCUAUUGCCCGUUGCUGCCACUCCUGUUUCUGGACCAGAAGCUCUUCAGACAACUCACGGACAUUGUUUUUGCGGCGUGGGAAGUAUACCCAGCGGCUCUACUGGAAUGCCUGAUUGGUACAAAAGUUAUAGUGAAAGGAGAUGCAAUCCUUCCUCAUGAUCGAGCACUGAUCAUCAUGAACCAUCGCACACGCCUUGACUGGAACUUUUUAUGGGCAGGCAUAUUCCAUGCUUGCAAGCCACUUGCACAUCGGAUAAAGAUGGUGCUCAAAGCAUCUGUCAGACAUAUUCCAGGAGCAGGUUGGGUGAUGCAGAUGAAUUGUUUCCUGUACAUCCAUCGGCGUUGGGAUCGUGACAAGGCUGUCCUGGAAAAGGCUCUUGAUUACUUCCGAGACAUUGGUCAUUCCUGUCAGAUUCUACUCUUCCCAGAGGGCACAGAUUUGACAGCUGGAAGUCAACAGCGCAGCCACCAAUUUGCAUCUGCUCAUCAACUGGAGCGUUAUUACCAAGUUUUACACCCAAAGACAACAGGUUUUGUGUUCUUGGUACAGAGGAUGCGGCAAAAUGGUCUGCUGGAUGCUGUGUAUGACAUCACAGUGGGAUAUCCUCACACUCUGCCUCAGUCUGAGUUUGACAUUUUAAAAGGUCGUUUUCCAGAAGAAGUGCACUUCACAAUAACUCGUUUUGCUGGUUCCAGCCUUCCAUAUGGAGAAGAGGAGCUGAAAGACUGGUUAGCAAAUCGAUGGAAGAUAAAAGAACAAACUCUCACAAAAUUCUAUGCAUCUGGAUCAUUUGAUGCUUCCAGUAUAUGCAGUAAAGAUUCGAAGUCCCCUGAAUCCUCUGCAGUAAACUUGUCAAAUGGAUCAUUCCACAAAAAUAGUGAAGUAAUACAUAAAUACUCAGUCAGUUCCUUGCCUAAUAUAAUACAUAAUUCACCCUGUAAUUCACCUAGCAAUCUGAAGGUGAGUUGUCACUAUGAUGAGAGUUUCAACCAUCUUCCAAGCCAUGACAGAUCCCAUGGCACUAUACUGUACCUCACACUCAUAUUCUGGACUCUGCUUUGUUUCAUUGCUUUGUAUGGAAUCCUCACAUCCUCAUUCAUUCAGAUGUUUGCUGUCUUUAACAUUAACAUCUUCCUAUAUUUAUCAUUUUUCACUCAAGGUUUCCAUCAUUUAGAAAUAUGUUUGUACAGAUUCAAAAAAAAGAUACUUGAUUGGUAAAAACACAAGAAGAGGAAAAUGUACUAUAUUUUAAUUGGAUAUGAUAAAAAAUAAUUCAGUGCUCUAAAUGAAACUGACAUAAUGUUCAUAAUAUUUCAUGGGACAAAAUUUAGUUUUUGUUCUUAUUUUAUGUCCAUACCAUAACUCGUGAAAAUUUUCUUCAAGUUGCUUUGGUUUUCCAACAGUUCAUUGGUCUUUAAUUUUGGGGCUUAUUCUCAGACCCAGCACUUCAUUAGUUAUGGAGUAAGCAAGUCAGAAAGUUGAUUCUCAUUUUGUAAAGAGGUAGUGCUUUGUUGUAUGCUAGAAUUAAAAUUUUUAUUUUGCAGACAGGGUAUUAUAUGCAUACUUACAAGCAGAAUUUUCUUUCCUAAGAUUUAAGCCUCAAGGUCAGAAAGUAAAUUGCACAGACAGAUGUGUGACUUCAACAUGUUUGCUGGUACGCAUCAUUUGUUUGCCAGUAUGUGUAUGGACGUGAACUGACGAAGGCAAGCACUGUUUACAUACAAAGUAUCAAUUCAGGGUUUUGCAUAAGUCCACUAAAAUAUGGAACAUAAACAUUAAGAUCAAAAGUUAAAUUCUGUGAGUAAUUUUAUAGCUAAUUGAACACAAACAUCAUCAAAAUUUGAAUGGAUACAGUAUAUCAUUUCACAGAAUUAUGAUUUGGCCAGUUUGAGGAAUGGGAAAAAUAUGCCGAAUGUAUCUACAUUGGAUCUAGCUGGUCUCAAACCUGGAAUCUGAAAUCUUUAGCAUAUGAGAUCAGUGCUUAACCCAUAGUUCAGUAGUUCAGUAAUUCUGCAUCUCUAGGUUUCAGAAGCCUCUCUUCCUGGUGCAUUUACUUUUUACUCCAUGGUUUCAGUCCACAAAUGAACUAUACCGACCAAGCAACCGCCACUUAUGGGCGAAGUUAGUGCCAA